GUGCAAGGACGGUUUGCGUCUAUAUUUGGAACGUGAUAACACCACCGAAAUGCUACCUGUGAAAUUCAAUUUAUACGAUUAUCGCUGGCAUCAAGUAGCCAUCAGCAUACAAAAUGGAGAUUUUAUUUCAGUUUUCGUCGACUGCUCCUGGACAAAUAGUUUUAUUGUUUCGAAACGUUUAUUCUCGCUGCCUUUGGAUGCGGAUGUGGAAAUUGGACGCGGAUUUAAUGGUGAAUUGCAGCAACUACUUGUCUUACCGGAUAAUCAGGAACGGCAUCAGUGCUCGAACAAGCGCACUUCAAUUAAUGAAGUAAAGCGGUAUAUUAUCGAUACAUUUAUCGAUGAUUAUGGCAAUUAAAUACUGCAAAUAUUUAUACUAUUUAAUUAUUUACAAGUAGGAAUGUAUAAAAUAUAUACUUAU